GCCCCAGGUGCACGGAGCCCAUGGCCUGGAGCUGGUACAACCAGGGGCCGUACCGCAGGGGGUGGCACUGCGAGUACUUCGCCACGUGCGGUGCCUCGGCGGCUUGCCGCGGGGCCCACAGGUGGCACUGCGGCGCGUGCUUCGUGGACAUAUGCGACAGCUGCCACUCGGAGUCCGCGCGCAUGUGCGACGGCGCGGCGGGGCGUCGGGCUGUUGGGGCUGCGGGACACAAGCAGCACAGCACCGACAUCGAGGUGCUGAGCGCCGCCGCCCUCCGCCACCUCAGGCAUCGUCGGAUGUCUGGGGAGGAGAAGGGGCAGGUCCGCUCGAUCCUGGCGCCCAGCGUGGCCGCGAGGCACCGCCUGAGGCAGGAGCCCAGCGACCUCAGCGAGGGCGAGGACGAGCACGGGCAGGUCCAGUCGAUCCUGGCGCCCAGCGUGGCCCCGAGGCACCGCCCGAGGCCGGAGUCCAGCGACCGCAACGAGGGCGAGGAGCGCGGGCAGGUCCAGUCGAUCCUCGCGCCCAGUGUGGCGGCGAGGCACCGCUCGACGCAGCAGCCCGACGACCUCGGCGAGGA